AGUUUAGCAUCAACUUUCUUAAGAAAAAGAAUUCGUAAAACGAAAAUCAUUUGUGAUUAUCAAUAUGAGUGACCAAAGUAGAAAGUUGCCAAAAUAUAAGAUGUUGGAUGAUCAAAAGACCAAAGAAAUGUUAAAGAAAUUUAAAGGGGAAAGAACGGGAUGGGUGUUAGUUGGAGAGAGAAACUAUUUCUUCCCUUAUCGAUACAUUGAACAAGGUGAAGGGUUUUACAAUUUUAAAGCUAGACCUAGUGAUACAUGGGUGCUAUCAUAUCCUCGAUCUGGAACCACGUGGACUCAAGAACUUGUGUGGCUUUUGAGUAACAACCUUGACUUUGAAACUGCUCGAACUAAAUAUCUUGCUGAUCGAUUUCCCUUUCUUGAAUUCAGCAUGUUUAAUCACCCAGCAGUAACCGAAGAGUUUUUAAAACUGAAUGAAGGUGAUCUAGAAAAGCAGAAUCUUUGUAAAAAAAUAGCACAAUCAGGAUACGAAGUUUUAAGUGAUUUACCAUCUCCAAGAUUUAUAAAAUCUCAUUUUCCUUUAAGUUUAUUACCUGGAAUCUUAGAUGUUGGAUGUAAAAUUGUUUAUGUUGCAAGAAAUCCAAAGGAUGUUGCGGUUUCAUGGUAUCACUUAAAUAAAGCUAUCAAGACUCAAGGAUAUCAAGGAACAUUUGAAGAAUUUUGGAAUUAUUUUCAAAAUGAUUUAACUCCUUGGAGUCCUUAUUGGGAACAUCUAAAAGAAGCUUGGGCACAAAGAAAUCAUCCAAAUUUUUUAUUUAUGUUUUACGAAGAAAUGCAACAGAAUUUUUUUGAAGCGAUUCAGAAAGUUUCAAAAUUUUUAGGAAAAUCAUACAAAAAAAAAGAUAUACAAAAUUUAAUGGAAUACCUUGAUAUAAAAAAUUUUCGAAAUAAUCCAAUGGUAAAUUCAUCGGAAUUACGAGAUUGUCAUAUCAUAACAGCAGGAAGUUUUGUGAGAAAUGGACAAAGUGGUGUUUGGAGUGACACUUUCACUUUAAAACUCGAGGCCAAAGCGGAUGCUUGGAUCAAUGAGAAUCUAAAAAAUACUGAUCUCAUUUUUCCUUGUGUUAAUAAUAACAACACUUAUCAGAUAAUUAAAAAUUAAUUGUUAUUUUAAAACAAUUGUAAAGUACAAUUAGUUAAU